AAAUUUUGCUUAUAAUCUCUUGAUUUGUUUUCUACAAUGGACUUAAUUCAUUUUAUUCUCAACUAUCUAGACUUCUACUUUGCUUUCCCUAUUUCCACCAUUUUCUUCACCUCUUCUUCGAUUAAUUCUUCCUAUAUAAUUAACAACACUAAUAUCCAAUCUUUCUUAAUUUGACUUUCCAUGAAAAUGGAAUGCCAUAGUUAUGAGAUAGGAGAUGAUGACGAACAUCAAUGGCAUAUGGUAAAGGAAAUGGACUUUUUACAAGGUUCUACUUUUUCUUCAAAGGUGGUGGUAGGAGAAGAUGGUAAUAUGGAGGUUGAUAACAAUGGUGGCGGUAUCCGAGACGAUAAUGGUGAUGAUGAUCUUAAACUCAAAAUCGAUACUGGAUUAAAGCUUCAAGUGGCUACAGAUUUCGAUUUCGUCGAGAAACCGAUGGUAAAUGGCGGGGUAGAAGUAAUGAAAUUACAUGAUGAGAAUCCAAAUGCUAAGGAUGAGAUGGCAGUCCUAAAAGAGGAAAUAGCGCGAAAGAGUGUGGAAAAUCAAAGGUUGAAGACUUUAUUAGAUCAAGUUACCAGCAGCCAUCAAGCCCUACAAAUGCAAAUCUUGACAAUUAGACAACACCAACAUGAUCAAAAUAAGUCCAUAAAAGUCCACCCAACAGAGACAUUAAUGAAUAAUGAUGGAACAAUGAAAGAAAGGAAGAAACAGCAAAUGGGACAAUUCUUGGGUCCAAGGCAAGCUAUUAUUAACAUUGACGGAGAUGAUCAAAGGAGUUCGAACCCUAAUUUAAGUGAAAAUUAUAGAGAUGAUCAAAACUCAAAUAGAAAUAGAAGCCGUGGAAGAGAAGAUCAUGGUGCAAUAACAACCAAGAAUUCGAUGCCGAAUAAUAUGCAAAGAGUCGGGAGCAUAGCAUCUGCAACCGUACAAGCGCAAGAGGCUCAUGAAGUAACCAUGAGAAAAGCUCGUGUGUCGGUUCGAGCAAGAUCUGAAGCAAAUAUGAUUAGUGAUGGAUGCCAAUGGAGAAAAUAUGGACAGAAAAUGGCGAAAGGUAACCCUUGGCCUCGAGCUUACUAUCGUUGCACCAUGGGAGAUUCUUGUCCAGUUCGGAAACAGGUACAAAGAUGUGCAGAUGACCGAAGCGUUCUCAUAACAACCUACGAGGGACACCACAACCAUAGUUUACCACCCGAGGCGAAACCCAUGGUCAGCACAACCACAUCGGCCGCCUCAAUGCUCAUCGCCGGCUCAAAGUCGUCAAACCCGAUGGACGGACUUUUAUGCCCCUCCAUCUUCUCGCAACCCACGGCUCUCCCAGGCCUCCCAAGCUUGGCUACAAUAUCAGCUUCAGCCCCAUUCCCUACCAUUACAUUAGACCUCACUCGACCACAUGGAAACAACACUAACAUGCCGAACGUGAACACAAAUGGGUUGGGCUUGAUGGGCCUUAUGCAACAGUUAUUGGGCCAAGUUCAUAACAAUAUCCAUGGAUCAAAUGAACCCAAUAGAGAAUAUAGUAACUUGCCUUUAAUUGACCCAAUAAGUAUUGCUAAAGCUGCCCUUGCUUCGGAUCCUAAUCUUGCUUCAGCUUUAGCAACAACCAUUUCCUCAAUAAUUAAGGGCAAUUUUGACUCCCAUAAUAAUAAUAAUAAUAAUAAUAAUAAUAGUAAUAAUAAUAGUGUUCAUAAUAGUGGUAACGGUAGUGAGAUUAGUAUGGCUAAUCAAAUUGUUAAAGAUAAUAACCCUGAUUUGUCAAAUAUUACUGAGAAUUAA